CCCACAAUGAGUGGCCAGCUCCUGUUCCUGGCUGUGCUCCCUGUGCUCCUGGGUCCCCUGCCUGCCAUGGCGCAGAAGAGGAGCCAAGCCGUGUGUGAGGAUGUGCUGGAGGCUGACAUCGCCUUCCUGGUGGACGGCUCGUCCAGCAUCGGCAGGAACAACUUCCGCACCGUCCGCACCUUCAUGGAUGACCUCGUGGCGCCCUUCGUGCAGGUGGUGGGUGAGAAGGCGGUGCGCUUCGCCGUGGCACAGUACAGCGAUGACCCACGGGUGGAGUUCACCUUCUCCCAGCACACUGACGGUGCAAGUGUCCGGAGGGCCAUCCAGCAGCUGAGCUACAAGGGCGGCAACACGCGGACUGGUGCUGGCUUCCGCUAUGUUGCUGACAACUUCUUUGGCCCCACACAGCUCCGGCCUGGGGUGCCCCAGAUCUGCAUCCUCAUCACAGAUGGCAAGUCCCAGGAUGAUGCCGAGGGGCCGGCAGCAAAGCUGAAGAGUCAGGGUGUCAAGAUCUUUGCAGUGGGGGUUAAGAACGCUGACCACAAGGAGCUCGUUCGUGUGGCCUCAACGCCUACUGAUGCCUUCUUCUCCUACGUUGGUGACUUCAAGCUGCUGAGCACACUGGUGCCGCUGAUGACACGCAGAGUGUGCACGAGUGUCGGGGGUACCCUGCGCCUGCUGGAUGGGCAAAGCCAUACUGGCCCUUCCAACCUAGAGAUCCUGGAGCGGGGCUUUGACCAGCUGCGGAUCCGCUGGACGGCAGCCAGUGGCCCUGUCACAGGCUACCGGGUCCAACAUGUGCCGCUGACAGGGCUGGGGCAGCCGAUCAUGGCAGAGAGGCAGGAGGUGAGCCUGGGGCCACGGGAGAUGAGCACUGUGCUGCGGGGACUGCGUGUGGGGACGGAGUACCUGGUCACUGUCACUGCCCAGUAUGCCAACAGCAUCGGCGAGUCAGUGUCCAGCCGAGUACGGACCCAAAGCCGUGCUGGCUCCAUGCUGGAUUUUCGCGUGGUGGAGACCGGAGCAACCUUCCUGCGGCUGGCCUGGCAGCCUGGCCCUGAGCUCCCCCAGGGCUACAGCCUCAGCUACACCAUGCAAGGAGCAGCCCAGGGGGAGGAGAAGAGCCUGGGGGCCAGUGCACAAUCAGCCACACUCAGCAACCUGCGCCCCGACACGGAAUACGUGGUGGUGCUCCGACCCCGCUACGCACAGCAGCCUGCUGUCCCUGCCACCCUCACCGCCCGGACACGGCAUCCAGUGGGUGUGCAGCACUUGGCUGUCCACAACAUCUCAGCACAGAGCAUGCUGCUGACCUGGCAGCCUGUCAGCGGUGCCACUGGCUACCGGCUGUCCUGGGCGACCCUCGCAGGGCAGGACAGGCACAGGGUGGACCUGGAUGCUGGGCGAACGUCACACGCACUCGUGGGGCUGCAGCCCAAUACCGACUACGUGGUGACGGUGGCCCCGCUCUUCGGGGAGCUGGAGGGGCCCACAACCACCGUGCGGCAGAGGACAGAGGCAGGUACGGACCAGACGCUGCAGACCAACAUCCUGGGUCCCACAUCCAUCCAGGUGCUCUGGACCAGUGCCCGUGAUGCCCGUGGCUACCGUCUAGAGUGGAAGAGAGCCACAGGACCAGAGCCCCCUAGAACGGUGUCUCUCCCCAGCAGCACCAAUACUUACCAGCUGACUGGGCUGAAGCCAGGCACCGAGUACCGCAUCACCCUCUACACGCUCUAUGAUGGUGGGGAGGUGGCCACCCCUGUCACCACCUUCCAGACAGGUGUGGAGGGGCCCGUGGGUGCUGUGUCAGACCUGCGGCUUGUGGAGGAAUCGGGCAGGUGGGUGCGACUGAGCUGGACCAGUGUCCCUGGUGCCACCGAGUACAAAGUGGUGGUGCGCAACAGCCAGGACGGCACGGAGAGGACGAGGCGCAUCCCAGGCAGCCAGACAGGGCUGGAACUGGGUGAUCUCCGGGAGGGCAUCACCUACCUCGUGCGUGUCUCAGCGCUGGCAGGCAGCCGGGAGGGCAGUGCUGCCACACUCCCCAUCCGUCUCAAGUACCCAGCUGUGGGCAGCAUCUCGGAGUUGAGGGUGACGGAGGCCAGUCCCAGCCAGCUGCGGGUCACCUGGCGAGGGCUACCAGGUGCUGGGGGAUACCUGCUGACGUGGCGAGGCAGCGAUGGUGUGAAGCAAUCCCGCUUCCUCCCUGCCGAUCCCACCAUCUUCACCAUCGAGGGGCUGCGUGCUGGCAUCGUCUACACCGUCGGUGUCUCGGCUAUCAUGGAUGGCCGCGAGGGCAGCCCUGUCACUGCCACAGGACGGAUAGCACCUGAGCAGGUGGGGACAGUGACCCAGCUGGAGGUGCAGGCAUCCAGGAGCAACGUUGCCCGUGUCACCUGGGUUGGUGUGCCAGGAGCCACCGCCUACCGCGUGGUGUGGAGCCGUAGGGACGGGGGCUCUGAGAAUAGCCGGCGAGUUCCUGGACACACCAACUCCUUUGACAUCCCCGACCUGGAGGGAGGUGUCUCCUACACUGUGAAGGUGACGGCACUGAUCGGCAACCGGGAGGGCAACCCCGUCUCCAUUGUCGUUACCACCCCGGAGGCAGUCCCACUGCCCCUUGUCAGUGGCUUCCAGGUGACGGAAGCCUCGGAGACCCGCCUGCGCCUGGCCUGGUUGCCGGCAGCUGGCAGCACUGGGUACCGCCUGGUCUGGCGCCUGGCUGAAGGGGGGCCCCAGCGCAGCCAGCAACUCCCAGCCACCUCCAGAUCCUAUGACCUGGCGGGGCUGGAGCCGGGCCGGCGCUACCACAUCAGCAUCACCAGCCUGGUCGGUAGCCGAGAGAGCGAGCCAGCCACUGUCACUGCCAUCACUGCCACCCCAGGCCACAUCACCAGCCUGCGAGUGACAGACGUGCGGAGAGAUUCAGUGACACUCACCUGGACCCCAGUCCCUGGUGCCUCUGGCUACAUCCUUUCCUGGAGCCCUCCUGCAGCCGGUGGGGAGAGGGGGCGGACGCUGCCCGGCGCUGCCAGCUCCCAGCAGGUCUCCGGGCUGCGUCUGGGCCAGCUCUACACCUUCACCCUCCGCCCGCUCCUGGGGAGUGCCCCCGGCGCUGAGACAUCCGUCAGCGAGCGCACAGUCUGCAGGGAUGCCCGCGGUGAUGUUGUCUUUCUGGUGCAUGGCACCCGUGACAGCUCCUCGGGUGCCGACACUGUCCGCACCCUCCUCUCCAACACUGUGUCCGCCCUGGGGCGCCUGGGCCCUGAGGGCACCCAGGUGGCUCUGGCCACAUACAGCUACCGCAGCCUGCCCUGGCUGCUCCUCAACCGCUCCAGCGACCUGCCCGCCGUGCUGGAACAGAUCCGCACCAUGCGCUACGAGGAGCCCAGCGGCAAUGCCAUCGGGGCAGCCAUUACCUUUGCCAGGACCUACCUGCUGAGCCCUGGCGCAGGGCGCCGGCCCAGUGUACCAGCGGUGCUGGUGGUCCUGGCUGACGGCCCCUCUGGGGACGAUGCCAUCGCUGCAGCCAGGGACGUCAAGGCUGGGGGGGUGCAGGUGCUGGCGGUGGGCUUGGAGGGGGCAGACCGGGAGCAGCUCCGGAGCAUGGUCACCAGUGAGGACCCGCGGUACAUCUACCAUGGAGACAGCCUGACAGAACUGGAGGGAGAGCUCACUGAUGACCUCUGCACCAUCAUCUCCACCAGGCCAGAGCCAGAACUGAAACCGAAGCCCUGCACUGUGCAGUGCCCCAAGGGUGAGAAGGGAGAUCGCGGCGAGACAGGACCACGGGGGCCAAUGGGACUUUCUGGCCUAAAGGGGGAGAAAGGUGAACCGGGAGAGCCCAGGGUGAUCACAGACGGAGAACAGGGGCUGCCGGGCCGGAGAGGGGAGCCAGGUGUGCCGGGCAGACCUGGCCCCCCUGGGAUCCCCGGCCCACGGGGACCCCUUGGUGAUCCAGGCCCCCCUGGUCCAGUUGGACCCAUGGGGCCACCAGGACCUCCAGGAGAGUUUGUGAAGGGAGAAAAGGGUGACCGAGGGGAAAGGGGCCCCCCUGGACUCGUGGAUGGGGCAGCACCUCGAGGGGAGCCUGGACCCCCGGGCCUGCCUGGGGACCCCGGGCCCCGGGGACCUGCCGGGCCCCCUGGCCUGAAGGGAGAGAAGGGUGAUGGCACAGAAGGUUUCCCAGGGUCUCCUGGCCGCCCCGGGGACCCAGGAGAUCGGGGCCCUCGAGGACCACCAGGGGAGCAGGGCAGGAAGGGAGACCGUGGGGCACCAGGAGAGCUGGGAGAGAUGGGAGAGAAGGGGGACCGUGGUGUGCCAGGCCCUGAGGGUGAGAAGGGUGAGACAGGAGCCCCGGGGCGCCCAGGGCCAUCAGGCAGAGAGGGAGCUCCAGGACCGGCUGGCCCCCGGGGAGAGAAGGGCGAUCCAGGACCACCUGGCAAGCCAGCUCCUAUCGUGGCUGGUGUUGGAGGAGAGAAGGGUGACAGAGGAUUCCCAGGACCAGAAGGACCUCCUGGCCCCAAGGGUGAUACAGGAGAUAAAGGUGCCCGUGGUGCCCCUGGCCUGAGCAUCCCGGGACCAGCUGGUCCCAAAGGCGAGCAGGGCGAUCGGGGUAAUGUUGGCCUCACAGGCAGGAGUGGCCCAAAGGGUGACCCGGGGGAGCCAGGGGAGAAGGGGGAACCGGGCCGAGCAGGCACUCCAGGGCAGACUGGGGUGCGAGGCAAGGAGGGUGAAGCAGGUCCGCCUGGCAAACCUGGAGACAGGGGUCCCCGGGGCCUCCCUGGCUACCGAGGCCUCCCUGGGGAGAAGGGUGACCCAGGUGACCCAGGUCCUGAAGGCAGGAAUGGCAGCCCUGGAGCACCAGGGAACAAGGGUGACCGUGGGGAGCCGGGGCCUGCUGGACCUCCAGGACGAACCGUGGACGUGGGGCUCGGAGGAGUGGGGGAAAAGGGUGAGAAGGGGGACCCCGGGGACCCCGGCGAGGAUGGUGCGAAGGGCGCCCGGGGCGAUGCCGGCUCCCCUGGCCUGCCUGGAGAGAGGGGUUUGGAGGGUCCCCGUGGUUCCCCUGGUGCUCGGGGUGAUCCUGGGGACCGAGGCCCUCCAGGAGAGAAGGGAGACCGUGGCCCACCAGGUCUGGAUGGCCGCAAUGGGCUGGAAGGCAAACCUGGGCCACCGGGCCCUGCUGGGCUGCGGGGGGACCCGGGCAAGCAGGGGGACCCUGGCCGGGAUGGGCUGCCUGGGCUGCGUGGGGAGCAGGGACCGCCUGGCCCUGUUGGCCCACUGGGACCACCUGGCAUCCCUGGCAAACCUGGUGAGGAUGGCAAACCCGGCCUCAACGGCAAGAAUGGAGAAGAUGGAACACCAGGAGAGGAUGGGAGAAAGGGAGACAAAGGUGAUAUGGGACCACCUGGUAGAGAGGGCCGCAGUGGUGCCAAGGGUGAGCAGGGGGACAGAGGUGUGCCAGGCCCUCUUGGCCCCCCUGGCCUCCCCGGUGUCCCAGGGCAGGUCGGCCCCCCAGGCCAGGGCUCCCCAGGCCUCCGUGGGGUGGCUGGACCAAAGGGGGACCCAGGGGAGCCCGGACUGCAAGGAGAGCCCGGGCGACCUGGCAGCCCUGGAGUACGUGGAGACCCUGGGACUGCAGUGAAUGUUGAGCGUAGCCUGGAAGCUCUUGGCAUCAAGGUUUCAUCCCUGAAGGAGCUCACGGGUGCCUAUGAUGGGAGCUCAGACUCAUUUCUGCCAGUGUCCGAGCGGCUGCGGGGCCAGAAGGGCAGUCGGGGGGAUCCAGGGGAGAGGGGUCCCCCAGGCCGAGAGGGCUCUUUAGGCUUCCCUGGCGAACGAGGACCCAAAGGUGACAAGGGGGACCCAGGCACCCCUGGCCCCCAGGGCCCCAUGGGCCGGGCCGUGGGUGAGCGGGGUCCCGAGGGCCCGCCUGGGCAGGCUGGGGAGCCUGGCAAGCCAGGCAUUCCCGGGGUGCCAGGCCGGGCUGGGGAGCUGGGGGAACCCGGGCGGCCUGGUGAGAAGGGCGACCGGGGUGAGAAGGGCGACCGAGGUGAGCAGGGCAGGGAUGGCUUGCCCGGACCCCAAGGACCCCCAGGACCCAAGGUGGACGUGGCGGAGGGCAGCCUCAUGGGCUUCCCUGGCGAGCGCGGCCCUGUUGGACCCAAGGGAGCGAAGGGUGAGCCUGGAGUCGAGGGUGAGCGGGGACCCAAAGGAGAUAAGGGUGAAGGUGGCUUGCGGGGUGACCGAGGGGAGCCUGGCGAGAAGGGCAGGGAUGGUGCCCCGGGUCUUCCUGGUGAGAGAGGGCUGGCUGGCCCCGAAGGGAAGCCGGGCUUGCCAGGCUUCCCUGGAGUGCUGGGACGCCCGGGCAACCAGGGAGACCCAGGACCCCCAGGACCUCCGGGCAGCACUGGCCCACCAGGGACCCAGGGCCCAGCUGGGACCAAGGGUGAUCCAGGGGAGCCUGGCUCUGGCAUCCGUGGCUUGCCUGGUCCCCAGGGCAGCAUGGGGCUGCCAGGGCCCCCUGGCCCCCCUGGUCCAGGGGGCCCACCGGGUGUCCCCGGGCAACCAGGACAAGUGGGGGAGAGUGGGAAGCCGGGUGUGCCAGGCAGGGAUGGUGUGCCAGGGAAGGACGGCGAGGCGGGCAUGCCUGGGAAGAUGGGCAUGCCAGGGCCUUCGGGCCCUGCCGGUCCCAAGGGAGAGCCAGGGGAUGCUGGAGCCCCAGGGCAGGCCAUCACUGGCCCCCCCGGCCCCAAAGGCGAGAAGGGAGAGCCGGCGCUGCUGGAGGGUGUGCUGGGAGAGCCUGGCUCCAAGGGUGACAGAGGCUUGCCAGGCCCUAAGGGCGAGAAGGGGGAGCCAGGACGAUUCGGGGAGCCAGGAGAUCCUGGGGAAGAUGGAGCCAAGGGGUCUUCUGGAGCCAAAGGGGAGAAGGGAUCACCAGGUGUCGGUGCACGGGGACCGCCAGGACAGGAUGGGCCUCCAGGUUUGAAGGGGGACACUGGCUUACCAGGAUUACCAGGACCCCCAGGCUUAGCAGGCAUUGCUGGGACACCAGGACAGCCAGGCCUGAGAGGGGACAAUGGGCAGCCUGGCCCUCCAGGUCCCCCAGGAGAGAGGGGUUUGAUCGGCUUUCCAGGCAGAGAUGGCACUGCUGGACCACCAGGACCUGUGGGACCACCAGGACCGGCUGGCAUACAAGGGGCCCCUGGCGUGAAGGGUGAUAAGGGCGCUCCAGGAGCUGGGCUGCCAGGAGCCAGAGGCGAGCGUGGAGACCCGGGGCCACGGGGUGAAGACGGUCGCCCAGGGCCAGAAGGGGAUCGUGGGCCAGUGGGCUUGCCUGGGAACCGGGGGGAGCGUGGGGACAAGGGGGACCUUGGGGCCCCAGGACCUAAAGGAGACAAGGGAGAUACUGUGGUGGUAGAGGGGCCGCCUGGAGCACGGGGCAGCAAAGGGGAACCGGGAGACCGAGGCCUGAAGGGCACAGAAGGGGACAAGGGGGACAAGGGGGAGCAAGGCAUGCCUGGAGAGAAGGGGAUGAGGGGUGAGCAAGGCGAGAAGGGCUCCACAGGCUUCCCUGGGGCACGCGGCCCUGGCGGGCAGAAGGGAGAGGUUGGAGCGUUGGGAGAGCCUGGUGAGCCGGGUCAGCCUGGCCGUGACGGGAUCCCUGGAGCUCGGGGAGAGAAGGGGGACAUGGGACCCAUAGGCAUGCGAGGCCUCAAGGGUGACCGGGGCAUGAAAGGUGCCUGUGGCCUCAAUGGGGAGAAGGGUGAGAAGGGGGAUCCAGGGAUCCCGGGGCGCUCAGGGCUGUCAGGGAGGAAAGGGGAGCCGGGAGAGCUGGGUCUGUCGGGACCACCGGGCAUCCCCGGGAAGGAAGGGCUCAUGGGACCCAAGGGCGACCGGGGAUUUGAUGGGCAGCAGGGAGCCAAAGGAGAUCAGGGGGAGAAAGGAGACCGGGGCGCCCCUGGCAUUAUCGGUGGCCCUGGUCCCCGGGGUAGUGAUGGUGCUCCUGGCCCCCCUGGACCUCCAGGGAGCAUUGGCCCACGAGGUCCUGAGGGCAUGCAAGGCCAGAAGGGGGAGAGAGGCCCCCCUGGACAGUCAGUGCCGGGUGCACGCGGCGUUCCUGGCAUCCCCGGUGAGAGAGGAGAGCAGGGCAGUCCCGGCACCCGUGGGCUCCGUGGGGAGAAGGGGGAGCCAGGCAUGACGGAGGAUGAGAUCCGUGCCUUCGUCAGGCAGGAGAUGAGCCAGCACUGUGCCUGCGGUGGCCACUUCCCACGGCACCUGGAUUCACGUGAGCAUUCAGGAGGCUGGGGGGCUCAGGCCAGGAGCAGCUUCCGCUCUGCCCAGGGAGGAGGAAGAAUCGUUCGCCAGGAGAGGGAGCAUGGCCAAACAGAGCCAUUCCCUGCUGGCAGCGCUCACACAGUCCCUGUGCUCAAGUUGUCACACACUGAAGAGGAGGAGGGGCAGGACAGGGAGAUCAACCUCGACACAGAUGACCUUGAGUAUGACAGCAUGUAUGAUGAUGAGGAGGAAUUUGAUGGGGCCCCGGAGAUGGACAGCUCAGAGCAACCUGCAAUGGAUGCUGAGCCCUGCAGCCUGCCUCUGGACGAGGGGCACUGCCAGCACUACACCCUGCGCUGGUACUACAACCAAAGAGUCACGGAGUGCCGGCCCUUUGUCUACAGCGGCUGCCAGGGCAACCUCAACCGCUUCGACAGCAAGGAGGAGUGUGAGCUGCACUGCAGGCAGCACCCAGGGGCAGGUGCCCGUGAUGUUGCCAGUGGCAAGACAGGAGGGCAGCCAAAGGUGUAGGUGUGGGCAGUGUCCUGGCAGGCAGGGCUGCCUGGAGGUGGGGCCCGGCUGCCACCCCAGCUGGGGCUGGGCUGGGCUGCCCAUUGUGGCAGGGGCCACGUACCCACCAGUCCCUGGCAGGAACCUGGUGCUAUUUCUAAUGUGUCUUUAUGCUGCUCACGGGUUUUUCAUUUCACACCAUUUUUAUUGUCGUUAAGGUGAAAUUUAUAUCAAAUGGGAAACCACUUCCCACCAAGGUGUACCCCCUUUACCACAUGGAGGUUUCCUGGGUUGUUCCAGUUUGAUUUUUAAAUUAUUUGCUGCCAACAGGAUGGUUCUUAUCCCUGUCCCCCCUCUCUGGCAGCCCAGAAGGGCUUGGCAGGGUUGGGCUCUCCCACUCAGCCCUCUCUGCUGGGAGAGCUGCCUGCAUCCCUGGGCCGGGCAAUGCCUCCCUGCACAUCAUCCCCCAUCCCCACCCUGCAACCAACUCCAUCUGAAUAAAUUUCACCUUAACCUCAGCUGGGGCCCAGUUCCCCUUUUGUGGCUGCGAUGGUUUGGCAAUGACCUGUGGGUAGACGGGAGGCUUUCUCCAUGUUCUGCCCCCAGCUCGCAUGCCUGCCAGCAGCACAUCUGUCUGUAAUCCAGGGGGUACUUGCCUGCACCCCUGGCCUGUCAGGGAAACCCUGAGGAUGGUGCUAUGUUAGAAGAGGUUCCUGCUCGCCCAUGCUUACUCUCAAAGGCUUUGUGAAAGCGAUGUUAGCUCCUGGGGUCGCAGCCCCUGCCUCCCCCCAACCCCAGGGCUGACAGGAAUGUGCCCCUCACUGCCCUAUGGCCUGAGGGGCCGCUGGGGGGCUUUGUGGCUCCCCCACAUACCGCUGCUCUCUGUGUAUAUCUGUAUACAGCAAAUGUAUAUGUGUACCAAUGUGGGGGGGAUGUGAUAUUAAAGCUGUGCUCACA